UCCUCUACUCUGCUAUACAUAAUCCUACUAUCUCAUUCUUUACGAAAAUUUCAUCUCUGGAAUGCUGAUAUUUUCAAAGCAUCUUGAGAGCUUUGUCUAACUAUACUUAACACUCACGAGAAUAAUUAUGGACUCGUCUUUCAAAGAUUACCAGGCGUGGUUCUUUUGCUGGCUUAUUUUCGGUCUCCUGGUCUGUAAUACCAGUAGUGAAGACAGGUUGAGUAUACGACCAACCAUCACAGCUGCACCAUUUCUGGAGGAUAUUCAUCAAGCACUCAAAAGUUCCCGGACGGGUACUAUUGCACUCAGCGUCUUGGGAUUUGGGCGACUUGCUGUCCGAGGAGCCAGAUUUGCUUUCCUAUGACUAC